AUGAAUCAUAGAAGUCCAGUUUUACAAAACCUUUAAAAGUUAGGAGAAAGGAAUGUUACUCGUAGUCAAAAAACUUCAAUUGUAGAAGCUGAGAAAUAUUUAGCAGAAAACAAGAUUGAAGAAAUGUUUAAUGAAUUGUUAGCAUAAGUAAUUUAGAAUAGACCAAAGGAUGUAAAAAAGUUUUUAAGAGAAUAACUUGAGUUAUAAAUCAAGUUGCAAGGAGAUAAUUAUUACAUUACUAAAUAAGAUAUUGAGGCAAUAUUUUUGAAUUAUGACUUUUUUUAAGAAAAUAAAGUGCCUUAUACUAUGCUUGUAUAAGCUCUUGGUUUAGUAGGUGUUGAAUAUAGUGUUAAAGAAUUUCUUGAGAGAUAUCCUCAAUAUGAAGCACAAAAAUAUAUUGUAAAGGAACAAUUUAUCAUGAUUAUGACAGAUGAAUAUCGUGAAAGACUUAAAAAAUAUAAAAAGAAAAACGAAGACGCUUAUAUGUUAUAAGCAAUCGCCUCUGAUACUUUUGUUAAUGAUAUUUUAAUAUAUUGUGACUUAGAGCUAAAAAAUCCUUUUGGAAAAGAGCUUUAUGGAUGUAUGAAAAGAAUUCUUGAUUAUAUGAUUAAAAAUCCUGAAUUAUGCGUGUUAGAGUAAUUUACAUAGGCUCUUUAACCUGAAUUAACAACUGCAUAAAUGAGUCUUAUAUUGAAUGCAACCGGAAUUGAGUUCAUGGAAAGAGGCUACUUCAAGUAAUCAGAAUAAUUCUUGAAAGGAUGCUUAUAAUUUAGAUUUUAAAAUUUGGGUGAAAACAGUAUUGAAGUAGCUAAGUGCUAUAAUAAUAUUGGUCUGCUUAAAAGGUAAUAAGAAGAAUUUGAUGAUUCAAUGACAAACUUUUAAAAGUCUUUAAGAAUAUAUUAAAAUUUUUAUGGUAAAGACCAUAUUGCCUGUUUAGAAAUUCUUGAAAAUAUAGCUAUUUUAUUACGUUCCUAGUAAAAUUAUGAUCUUGCUCUUAAUCAGUAUGAAAAUAUUCUUAAGAUUAAAGAAAAUCGCUUUGGACCUAACCAUAUUGAAACAGCAUAAACAAUUGAAAAUAUAGCAGUUGUGCUUAUUAAAAAGUAAAGAUUUGAUGAAGCUAUUGAGAAACUAUAGAAAGUACUUGAAAUUAAAAAGAAGAAACAAGGAGAGAAUAGUAUGACUGUCGCUGGUACUCUCCAUAACAUAUCACUUGCUCUUGAAGCAAAAUAAUAAUUUAAGCAAGCACUUAAACUCAGUAAAAAUGCCCUUAGUAUUAGUAAAAACGAAUCCCUCACUAACAGCUUUGUAAGAACUGUAGAAAACCAUGUUAAAAACUUAGAAAAAAAUAUAGAAGAAGCUAAUGAACAAUUGGAUGUUUCAUAGGAAUUAUGA